AUGGCGCUCUUUCUUGUUCAAGAGAAGAAGCGCGAAGAGAAUCGGGAUGCUGCGGAGGAGAUUAAAUGCUCCGCAAUUUUCAAGAAUCAUGCUUUCCCUUCUCAAAUGGUUGAUGGUCCUCGCUUAGCACGCACAGGGAUUGAAGUGAAACCCGGCAAGCCUUAUACUCAGAAGCCAAAUGGGUCGAGGCUUCGCAUCUCCCAGGGGACACUCGGGACUGGUGUUGCCACCACCAAGAGCACGGUGCAAUGCAAUGUGGGCAAUGCGACUCCUGUAUUUAUAUGCUCCUUGCUUCCGGGAAAAGAAGAAUCUGCUCAGAUAAAUUUGGAAUUCGAGGAAGCCCAGCAAGUCAUUUUUUCUGUUCUCGGUGUUCGCAGUGUUCACCUCACAGGUUACUACGUGCGAAAGGGUCGAGAAUUUGAUGAUGACUCAGAGUCCUACGGAGAAGAUAUUGCAGACACUGAGACAGAUAUUUCUGAGGACGACGACAAGUAUGAAGAUAGCUUUAUCAAUGAUGGUGGUGUUGAAUUCCUUCCACCUUCUCCUAUGCUGAAUAAAUCAGAAUCCGAUGAGGAAGAUUUCUUUGUAUCCUCUCUACUUAAGAAAAAGUCUUAUGCGAAGGACUCAGAAAUAAAUGUCCCAGUUGUAGUCAUUGAAUCUCCUUUAGAUGUUGUCAAGAAGAAGGGAAAGCAAGAUGGAAGCACCACCAUGAAAUCAUCUGAACCUUUGCCUCCUGUUGUUGGCAUUGAACCUGGAAGCACUGCAAUGAAAAUGAAGAGUAAAUUGCGUAUUGUGGAGGGAGAGAUGCAGAAUCAAGCAUGGCAGGAAGAUAAGGAACCAAAAGCUGAGGAUCCGAGUAAGGAGAGAUCUGCUGUUGAAAUUAAGCAAGCUCUAAGUAGAGAGAAUUGCAAGAAGUCCAAAAAAAAGAAAAGGAAGGACAAUAGCUUGCCCCAUCAGAAUCCUGGAGCCCGGUCGUCAGAACCUGAUGGUGAAGAUUUCUUCGUAUCUUCUCUACUUAAGAAAAUGUCUUCUGCGAAGGACUCGGAGACUCAGAUCCCAGAUGUAGUCAUGGACACACCGCUAGAUGUUGCCAGGAAGAAGCAAAAGCAAGAUGGAAACACUGCCGUGAAAUGUUCUGAAAGUUUGUCUCCUGCUGUUGACGGCAAACCUGGAAGCUCUGCAAAUAAAAUAAAGAGGAAAUUGCAGUUCAUGGAGGAAGAGAUGCAAAAUCAAGCAUGUCAGGAAGAUAAAGAACCAAAAGCCGACGAUCCAACUCAGAAGUGA